AUGAUGCACAGGUUCCGAAAGUGGCUGUACAAACCCAAGAGGUCAGACCCGCAGCUGCUGGCCCAGUUCUACUACGCUGACGAGGAGUUGAACCAGGUGGCAGCGGAGCUGGACAGCUUGGACGGGCGAAAGGACCCGCAGCGGUGUACCCUGCUAGUCAGCCAGUUCCGCUCCUGCCAGGACAACGUGCUGAACAUCAUCAACCAGAUCAUGGACGAGUGCAUCCCCCAGGACCGCGCCCCGCGCGACUUCUGUGUCAAAUUCCCUGAGGAGAUCCGGCACGACAACCUUGCCGGUCAGCUGUGGUUCGGGGCUGAGUGCCUGGCCGCCGGCUCCAUCAUCAUGAACCGAGAGCUGGAGAGCAUGGCCAUACGGCCGCUGGCCAAGGAACUGACCCGCAGCCUGGAGGACGUGCGGAGUGCCCUGCGGGACCAGGCCCUGCGAGACCUCAGCACAUACACGGAGAAGAUGCGGGAGACGCUACGCCACUUCGAUGUCCUGUUUGCCGAGUUCGAGUUAAGCUACGUGUCGGCCAUGGUGCCCGUGAAGUCCCCGCGCGAGUACUACGUGCAGCAGGAGGUUACCGUCCUGUUCUGUGAGACCGUGGAGAGAGCCCUGGACUUUGGGUACCUCACCCAGGACAUGAUCGACGACUAUGAGCCUGCCCUCAUGUUCACCAUUCCCAGGCUGGCCAUCGUGUGUGGCCUCGUGGUGUACGCCGAUGGACCACUGAACCUGGACCGCAAGGCGGAGGACAUGUCUGAGCUGUUCAGGCCCUUCCACACGUUACUGCGGAAAAUAAGGGACUUGUUGCAGACCCUCACAGAUGAGGAGUUACACACACUGGAGAAGACCCUCUGCAUCUCUCAGGACGUGGAGUUCCCCAUCAGGGCAGAUGCCCAGGUGCCCCCUGCCCUGGCGCCCACUUUCCCGGAGCCUCUGUGCCCAGCAGAGCCUCUCUCCAGCAAAGCCAAGGCCCCAGACUCGGAGCUGGCCUGCUCCAUGCAGUACGAUGACCAGGAACUGGAACAGCUUAAUCGCAUGGUCCACCAGGCGGGGGAUGAGAUGUCCUCUCUCCUCUCCCCGCCCAGUGCCUGCCAGUCCCCAGCUCGCAGGCCAGGGGCUGAAGGUAGCCCCCGGGGGGAGACCUCUCCUGCCAGGGUGUGCCUGGAGCCAGGGAGUGAUGAAGAGGAGAGGGUGUUCUUCAUGGAUGACGUGGAGGGGAUGGGAGAGGCCCCUGGCAGGCCAGAGACCCCAGGUGGCCCCUUGGGGUGGGCAGGUAGCACUUGUGCCCACCCUCUGGAGCGAGGGCAGGUGAGGGAACGCAGUGAGGCAGGGCUCAGCCAGCCUUCAUCAGAAAAGGACGAGGACUUACGAAACAACAACAUCGAAGAUGAAGACGACAAAAUGCGGAUGGGGAGCCUCUCGGGCCCCAACUCCUGCAGCUGCCUGGACGCGCAGUUGUCCCUGGAGGGCUGGGAUGCCAGCUCUAAUGAUGCAGAGACAGCUCAGAUGGUUGCUCACCGGACAGGGGGCAUGAAGCUCUCGGCCACAGUCAUCUUCAACCCUAAAUCACCGACGUCCUCAGACUCAGCUCCUGCCCCUCAAGCUCCAGGCAGCAGGCCAUCUCCUGCAGAUCCCACAGCUGAGAAGGUGGACAUGCAUCCAGGCCAACUCAGCCGGGCCACCACCAAUGGCCUCAUGAAUUCCUGUGUGUGUUGUGGGGGCUGCGGGGACAGCAGGGACAGCAGGGAUGAGGCCAUGGAGUGUUUGCAGAAGUGCACCCCCCAGAAUGUCAUCAAUACUUCUCAUCCAGGCCUGGCCAAGGCCUGCCACAAAGGCCCUGUGGAGAGACUGGACAGUGGCCCACCUGCCCCUGAGGUGCUGCCUUCAGGCUCCAUAACCCCUCUGACCCCAGAAAACACCCCAGAUGGGCAGGAACCCAAAGUCCCUUCAUCCUCACAGGACCUGGCACACACUGUGUCCCAGGUGGACCCAGGAGGUGGCACGCCAGGUAAGGGUGAUGUCGGAGGUCAGCAGGAGGCUGAGGACAGGAUGCAGGAUGAUGGGCAGGAGGCCACGAAGAAGAGCCAGCGAGAGCCACUGGCCCAGGAGGAGACCCGGGGCCAGGCGGGCUCCAGUGACUCCACCGCAGCCUCCUGCUCCUCAGACAAGGCCAGGCCUGAGGUCUCCCCCAUCGCCUCCCACGCUGCCCCUGUGGCCACGAGAGAAAAAAUCCGGUCCCGUUUCCACAGCAGCCACGACCUUGUCCAUCGUCUUUUCGUCUGCAUAUCAGGUGUGGCUGACCAGCUGCAGACCAACUACGCCAGUGACCUGAGAAGUAUCCUGAAAACGCUGUUUGAAGUCAUGGCGACCAAGCCGGAAACGGAUGACAAGGAGAAGCUGAAGAAGGUCACCCAGACACUGCGGAGGGCGGCCUUGGAGGACUGCGCUUUAUGCCAGGAGACCCUGUCAUCCUCCGAGCUCACCGCCAAGGCACGGGAUGGUGAUUUCGAAGACCCUCCUGAAUGGGUCCCGGAUGAGGCCUGCGGCUUGUGCACCACCUGUAAAGCACCUUUCACCGUCAUCCGCCGGAAGCACCACUGCCGGAGCUGCGGAAAGAUCUUCUGUUCCCGCUGUUCCUCACACUCGGCGCCGCUGCCACGCUACGGCCAGAUGAAGCCGGUCCGCGUGUGCACACACUGCUACAUGUUCCACGUGACACCCUUCUACAGUGACAAGGCGGCCAUCUAA